ACUAAUUUGCAUCCAAUGGACGUUCAGAUGGCAGUAUUUCAAUGCUCAGACAGCUUCCUUAAACAGAUGAUGAUUACAAAGCUCUCUCAGUGUCAGUAUGCCUUACCAUUGCUUGUUCCUGACCCAGUCACAAUGGAGAUCGAGUGUCCUCUGUGGACUUUCAGACAAAUAACAAAAACCUGGAAGGUAACUGAAAUCAAAGACGACUCAAACAUCGUCACUAUGAAGAGUGUUCCAGUCUGCAAAGCUCAGACACCCUUGGUGUCAUUUUUCCGCCUGGGCUCUCUGUCAGUGUCUAAAUCUCAGCUGAUCAACACUUUGAUCAACGACCGUCACAACAUCUUCUUCCACAGAAACUGUCCAGGAAGCACCAAGUCUCGCUAUCUGAUGGAUGGUGUGGCAGAGAUCGCCUGGUAUUGUCCUGCUGGAAGACCCAAUGAUGCCUUCAAUGACUGCAUUGCCUUUUGUAAUCUUCAUGGUGAUGCUCUGUUGACUGAAAAACAGCGCAACAUACUGAUUGAAAAAUCUUCCAUUAAUAUUUUUCUUGUUUCAUCUCUGAAAAAACAUGAAGAAAGUCGAUCACUUAUAUCACCUCUUUUUAAAUCUCGCAAACCUCUCAUUUGUCUCUGCGUUGAUGACUGUGAUGUUGUUAAGACAAAACAUGGAAAAUAUAUUAUGGGUCUCAAAGAGAGAAGCCAGCCAGAUAUAUCUGAAGAACUGAAACUGAUCAUUACAGAAGUUUUGUCAUCUCUAGAUGGUUCCAGCUUAAAACCAUUCUUCCAGCUUGAAACCAUUGCUGAGGUCUCUGGAAUCAGAGUAGAUGAAAGUGACCCAGCCAUUCAAAAAGGGAAAUGUGCUGCUAAGGAAAUAAUGGAUCUUCUUUCAAAGGAUAACAUGGAUAUCUCAAAUAUCAAAGAUGAAUUCCUUCCUUAUCAAGGCCAUCUUUGGCAUCAGUGGAGCAAAAUACACAAAGAACUGUAUCAUCUCAAAGGGGAUAUUGAGAAGGAGAAAAGUAAAAAGCAACAAGAACUGAUGAACAUACGUAAGAAACAAUGUGCUGCUUCCUGCAAACUUAUGGAGUUGUUCAUUAAAAGUCUCUCAACAUUGCCACCAAAAGAUAAAGAAUAUUGUCUGAAAUGGAUUCAAAUCUUAGUGGACGAUCUCUCCACUGAUGGUAUUUCUGGUAUCCUCAAAAGCUAUGAUGAAAAGUGGUCUGAGAUCUUGGCUUUAAAAAACAAAUCUGAAGAAUCAGAAGUGUUGGCAGACAAGCAGAAAAAAUCUGACUUGUUAAUAAAAAACCAAAUUGAGCUUGAAAAAAUAUCCGAAAAACUCCAGUCUGCAACUUUUGGUUUGGAGCACAUCUUCAGAGAAAUGGGACAGAUCUAUGAAGCUCAUAGAGAAAUAGAAGGAGAGAGCAGACACACUGACUGGUCUAAAUACUCUGAGCUGGCUGCACAGCUGAUGAUAUCAGGACACCCGAUGGAGCUGAUAGAUGGUGAUUCAGGUCACGUGCCUUUAACAUGGAUCUCCAGUCUUUUAGAGGAAGUCAUCAAGAAACUGGGGGACCAGAGAGUUUUUGUGUUGUCAGUUUUGGGCAUACAAAGCAGUGGAAAAUCAACAAUUCUGAACACCAUGUUUGGGUUGCAGUUUGCAGUGAGUGCAGGCAGGUGCACCAAAGGUGCCUUCAUGCAGCUGCUCAAAGUAUCAGAGGAGAUGAAGAAAGACUUGAAGUUUGACUUGAAGUUUGACUAUCUUCUAGUGGUCGACACUGAAGGACUGCGUGCUCUUGAGCAGAAAGGUACCAUCACUAGUUGCCAUGACAACGAACUGGCAACAUUUGUUGUUGGCCUGGGAAACCUGACACUGAUCAACAUCUUUGGAGAGAAUCCAUCUGAGAUGCUGGACAUUCUGCAGAUUGUUGUUCAGGCUUUCAUGAGGAUGAAGAAAGUUAAACUUUCUCCCAGUUGUGUGUUUGUUCACCAGAAUGUUACAGAUGUUGCAGCAGCAGAAAACAACAUGGAUGGAAAGAGACGCCUAAUAGAAAAACUGGACCAGAUGGCCAAACUAGCAGCUGAAGAGGAAGAUUUCAGUGCUGACUGCUUCAGUGAUGUCAUUAAGUUUGAUGUCCAAAAAGAUGUGAAAUACUGUGCCCAGCUAUGGGAGGGCAGUCCACCCAUGGCUCCUCCUAAUCCAGGUUAUAGUGAGAGCAUCCAAGAAGUGAAGAACGUCAUCCUCUCUAAAGCUUCACAGUCUGCUGGGAUCACUCUCUCACAGUUAAACGCCAAAAUCCAGGACCUGUGGCAUGCCCUCCUUAAUGAAAAUUUUGUUUUCAGUUUUAAAAACACACUUGAAAUUGCAGCAUACAGAAAACUGGAGUCCCAGUACGGAAACUGGACCUGGGCCCUGAGGAGCAACAUGUUGACCAUUGAAAACCAACUUCAUAACAGAAUUGAAAAUGGAAAUCUUGACAUGGUCAAAGUAAAUUAUCUUAAAAAAGAAUCACAUGAAGCAUGUGAAACAAUCAAAAAGGAAAUGACAACUUACUUUGAGGAUGAUAAAGACAAAGAAAUUUUAGCUCAGUGGAGAGGCCGAUUUGAAACCAGAAUCAAAGAGUUUCGUGAUGAACAGGUGAGAACAGUGAAAAGAAAACUGGAUGAAGUUAUUCAACAGAAGAAGGCUCGUGAAAAGCUGGAUGAUAUGAAGAAAAAGUUUGAGGACAAGCUGCUACAGAAGAGCAAAGAGCUCGCUCAGCAGCUGAAGGACAAGGCCAAAGAUGAAGAAGAGCUAAACAAACAGUUCAGCUCUGUUUGGAGUGACUGGGUCAGUGAAUUAACAGCAGGUACUAAACCUGUUGAAGACAUCGACCUGGAAGAAGAUCAGUUUACUAUCCUUCAAGAACUUGGUUUUGAAGAGGCUCUCAUAAAUGAAUGCAAAAAAAAUGGCAGAUACAAGAAAGUAUCAUGUUUGGGAAAUUAUUCGGAUUAUGUAAAACAUACAAAGGUUCUGGGAUUUAAAAGGCCAUUAAAUCCAUUAUCAUAUGAAAACCAACAACAGAUCAUAUCACUCAUUGAAAGAGCUGAAAUUGAGUCACUUGAUGCAAUCACAAGCAAACCUGUAGCUAUAAGAGGCUACAAGCUAGCUUAUUUGCAGGAAGCAGCCAAGCAGGUAAAAGAAGAAGUGGAAAAUUUUCAGAAAGAGGUAAAGUCUGCUUUGAAGAAGAAGUUUACAGUCGAUCUCAUACUGUAUGUGUUCUCAAAAUCAGAGAGUUGGAUUCUUCACUCCCAGAAAACAUUCAAAACGAACAACGAUAUAGUCACUUAUUUAGAAGGCAAGAAAACACAGUAUUACAAUGUUUUUAGAAGCUUUUGUAAAGGAAGCUCAUCUGCUGUUGUGCUCGCAGAACUGAUCCGUGAAAAGCUGAAAGCGUCCACUGUUGAGGCUGUCUGUAACAAGACUGCUAUUGGUCUGGCUGGGAGGAUGAAGUGUAAUUUCCCAGCAUUCAAUGAGAACAGGCUGAACUUGGAGAAACAUGUGCUGAAUGCACUUGCUGAGAAAGAAGACUUUGAUGAUUUCAUCACCUACAUCAGAAAUCCAAGAAGUCUAACAGAAGCUUUUAUAAAAGCAGAAGUAGAGAAAUACAUCUUCAUAGACCACAAAGAUGAAACUGUGAAUGUACUCGAGAAUAACGCUAAAGACUUAAACGCACUUGUGAGUCAAGCUUUAUCUACAGCAACAGGAAAAGUCCAAAGUCAGAGAGGAGACAUAGACAUGUGGUUGAAGGAAUUUUCUAGUUUACUGAAAGAUGAAUUAACUCUUGAUACAUUUUCUUCUCAAAACUUCAGUGACAUAAAUGAUUUUGAGUUUUUUAAGGAAGAGAUCAUGAAAAAACCUGAAACCAUCACUGAUCAGAGGACCAUGCUGGAUAAACUGAAGGAAUCCAGGCUGAAGCCUGAUGAAAUCCUGAUUGACCAGCUGUGUAAGUGUUGCUGGGUAACAUGUCCUUUCUGUGCAGCUGUUUGUACUAACACCAUUGAAGAUCACAGUCCUGAUGACCACAGCGUCCCUUUUCAUCGACCCUCUGGAAUCAAAGGAUGGCACUAUAGAGGCACAGUGGAAUUCAGCAUCAAUUUCUGCACAACAAACGUUGCAAGUGAUGGCAGAUUUUACCCUCGUCCUGAUUCAGAGAAAACUGUUCCCUAUAAAGAGUACAAAAUAGCUGGGGGAGACUAUGCUAAGUGGAAAAUCACCCCUGAUGAGUCUAAAAUGGCAUACUGGAAAUGGUUUGUGUGUCAAUUUCAAAGUAAACUGGAAAAGCACUACGAGUUAAAAUUCCAGAACAGAGGAGAGAUUCCCAGUGAGUGGAAAACCAUCCAUAAACAUGAAGCCAUUAAAAGUCUUAAUGAAAUGUGUUAA